UCUCCUCCCCCCUGCCAAUGCAUCAGGCUGCCGCUGCUGGAUGUGCAGCACACCGCCUUCUUCCAUCCAGCGACGAGCCUCCAGCCGCGGCGCCUUUGACCAGAAAAAAAAAAAAAAAAACCCCGUCCCUAAACCGUCAAAAUGACCCAGGGCGUGAUGGGGGUGCUGCCCCGCCAUCGCUAGCUAGCUCCGGACUGACUCCGGUCCGCUUCUCCACCCCCAACCCGGCAGAGAGAAGGCAACGCCGGGCUUGGCUAGGCUAACGUUAGCCAAAACGUUUUUUUUUCUUUUAAUUAUUUUUUUUUGACAACAAGCGCGACUUAAUAUCUAACAUUUUCUCCCCACCCCCGGUCGUGAGUCUUUUGCUAGCCGGCUAGCACCGCGGUGAUAAGCGACGUUUCUUCGGCUUUGGAUGUCAGCCGUCUAACGAAGAGGGUGAAAAAAAAAAAAAGCCGAUUUAGUUUGUAUUUUGAAGCCGGUGUUGGUUAUAGUUGUUAUUAUUGAGAAGAAGGAGACGCGGUAUUACCGCCACUUUGUCCGAGGAACAGGGCCACAAGUGGCGGCUCCAGCUCGGCUAGCAAAGCGGGGCAAGUUGACAGCGAGGCCCCGGUGGUUGAAGCUUCCCCUCCCCCUUCCUCCUCCACCGACGCCGCCGCCACCUCCUCCCCGGCCGGGUCCACUCGUCCCCGUCCUGCGAGACCGACCGCCCUGCUAGCCCUCCUGCGCCUCUCCCUCCCUCCCUCGCCCGCCCGUCCGUCCGUCCGACUUCCACAGAAUCGGCCGGGUGCGGAGGAAGCUGAAAAUCCGCCGGGGCGAGGCGAGUGUUUUUCCGGCUCCAAAAAAAGCGGGACUGCCCCCUAAAAAGAAGGGCAAGACGGGGAGGAUGACUCUGGAGUCCAUGAUGGCUUGCUGCCUGAGCGAGGAGGCGAAGGAGUCGAAGCGAAUCAAUGCCGAAAUUGACAAACAACUUCGCCGAGACAAGCGAGAUUCCAGGAGGGAGCUGAAAUUACUUCUCCUCGGGACGGGCGAAAGCGGCAAGAGCACCUUUAUCAAGCAGAUGAGGAUCAUCCAUGGCGCCGGUUACUCUGACGAGGACAAGAGGGGCUUUAUCAGGCUCGUUUACCAAAAUAUUUUCACCUCCAUGCAGGCCAUGAUCCGGGCCACAGAGAACCUAAAGAUCCCCUACAAAUUCGAACAGAACCGGUCGAACGCCAUGCUGGUGAAAGAAGUGGACAUCGAGAAGAUCAACGGCUUCGACCAACAUUACAUCGUGGCCAUCAAAACCCUGUGGGCCGACCCUGGCAUCCAAGAGGCCUACGACCGCCGCCGGGAGUACCAGCUCUCAGACUCCACUAAAUACUAUCUUUCCGACCUGGAUCGCAUUGCAGAUCCCAGCUAUCUCCCCACUCAGCAGGAUGUGCUGAGGGUGCGCAUCCCCACUACGGGAAUCAUAGAGUACCCCUUCGACUUGCAAAGCAUCAUUUUCAGGAUGGUGGACGUCGGGGGUCAGAGGUCAGAGAGGAGGAAAUGGAUCCACUGCUUUGAGAAUGUCACCUCCAUCAUGUUUCUUGUGGCGCUGAGCGAGUACGACCAGGUCCUGGUGGAGUCCGACAACGAGAACCGCAUGGAAGAGAGUAAAGCUCUGUUCAGGACGAUCAUCACCUACCCGUGGUUCCAGAACUCCUCUGUCAUCCUCUUCCUCAACAAGAAGGACCUGUUGGAGGAGAAGAUCUCAUAUUCACACCUGGUUGACUAUUUCCCAGAGUUUGAUGGCCCCCAGCGGGACGCGCAGGCGGCGCGGGAGUUCAUCCUGAAGAUGUUUGUGGACUUGAACCCCGACAGCGACAAGAUCAUCUACUCUCACUUCACGUGCGCCACGGACACCGAGAACAUCCGCUUCGUGUUUGCGGCCGUCAAAGACACCAUCCUGCAGCUCAACCUCAAAGAGUACAACCUGGUGUGAGCGAGGCGGCGGCACAAAAGGCACGUCUACCUUUUUCAGCAGAGUGCACUCAACUUUUGAGCACCAUACCUUCCCCCCCCCACCCACAUACACACACACACACGCCAACAAGUGCACACACUCUUCCCAACGCGCACACUCACAACACACCCCUUUUUUUUGGUUGUCGUCUCCAUCCAAGCGCAGCUCUUUCCAAAGCCGCUCCCCUCAUCCCUGCCGCCUCGACGGGCAUGGCGACUCUCACACGGUGACUGAAAAGGACGUCGGUGCUUAUUUUCUUCUGUGUUUGUGACACCCGUGUGUUCCUUUUUUUGUUUUUUGGAGAUACAGAAGGAACCCCACCCACUCGCCUAACCCACCCCCGGAACCAGGCUUCCCGUGGCACGCCGCCACCUGGGGGGGAGGGGAUCGGAGAGGCCCGCAGGAGGAUUGGGCCUCCACCUCACGUCUCUGAAUGUACCCAGGUGUGAGCCUUGCAGUCGCAAAAAAACAAACAAACGAAAAAAAAAAAGCUCUAAAUAGAACUGUGUGAUGCGGUGGAAGUAAAUACGUAACCACAUUUAAAACGUACACGAAAAGCACGAAUGGGGGGGAAGGGGGCAAGAAAAUGUGUUUUUAAUCGCUGUUUUUAACGGUAGAAAUUUGUCGCUACCAUUUAGCAAAUCACGGCGAAAAGGAUAAAAAUGUAUUUGAAGACGUUA